UUUAUUCUGAUAUUCUGAAAGCAACUGGCUAUUUUAAUUGUGGAUCUAUAAACCGCAUGUUAGCGUCAUGGUUAAUUAAAAACAUUUCAAAAUAUUGAGGAAUAAAUAAGGAUUGAUAACAAAUGAAUGUUGAUAACAACAACAACAACAACAACAGCAGCAACAAACUUUAAAAGACAGAAAGUCAGACAACAGUUUUGGAUUUUAAUGAGUGUAGACAAAAGUUGUCAUUCUCGAUUUAUGAAAGUGAAAUUCCAGCGAUUGGUAUCAAAAUAAAACAAUGGCUAGUUGCACAUCUGUACCCACGAUCACUGGAGGCGCUGUAUCCAACCCAAUAGCUUCUGGUACCUACCCGCACACUACAUUGGUGGUGUACACAUGUAACACUGGAUAUGUGAUGACAGGUUCCUCAUAUAUCACAUGCAAUUCUGGUACAUGGAGCACACCCUACCCUACAUGUACCCUCCAGACUUCAAAUGACAUCGACAUCACUAACAAUGAAAAUGACAGCCUCCCCACCUGGUUACUCGUUCUGCUGGCCGUCAUGAUUGGAUUCCUUAUUCUCCUGAUAUUCGCAUGUGUGGUCUUCUGGUGCGGUCAGAUGUGCGGGUUUUACGAUAGAAGCUGCCUGUGGGGAAAGUCUGGAUCAGGAUCUGGGUCCUCAGCACGAUGCAGGUGUUGCUGUACAAAGUCUGACAGAUAUGACCCUCCCAAGACGUGCAAAAAUCUGCCACGUCACUACCAGAUAGACGAAUAUGGCCGUAGAUACCACCUUGACGACUAUGGAAGACGAUGCUACACAGAACACAAAAACAGAACAACCAACUUCAUCGCCAAUGGAGAGGUGUCCCCUCAACCCCAAGCCACAACACUAAGUGAGCCCACACCACGGGUCCAGGCCAAGGAGUUGUUGACAUGGAAACCACAUGCAAACCCUGUCAGAAGCAUCAACACCAGCACAAAAUAACCAGAAAAUCCUAUUCCUGGCAGAAACAUCAACACCAUAAUGAAAAAACGACAUAACUGUGGAAAUAAAUUUCAUAACAUCUACUAUGUUUACUUUGAUGUACGGCAAAUAAAUGGCAUUACAUCUGCUAUGUUUACUUUGAUGUAGAAAAAAUAGAUGACAUUACAUCUUCUUUGUUUACUUUGAUGUACGGUAAAUAAAUGGCAUUACAUCUGCUAUGUUUACUUUGAUGUAGGAAAAAUAGAUGACAUUACAUCUACUAUGUUUACUUUGAUGUAGGGAAAAUAGAUGACAUUACAUCUACUAUGUUUACUUUGAUGUACGGCAAAUAAAUGGCAUUACAUCUGCUAUGUUUACUUUGAUAUAGGAAAAAUAGAUGACAUUACAUCUUCUUUGUUUACUUUGAUGAAGGGAAAAUAAAUGAAAUUACAUCUGCUAUGUUUACUUUGAUGUAGGGCAAAUAAAUGACAUUAUAUCUACUUUGUUUUCUUUGAUGUAGGGCAAAUAAAUGACAUUACAUCUACUUUGUUUACUUUGAUGUAGAGCAAAUAAAUGACAUUACAUCUACUAUGUUUACUUUGAUGUAGAGCAAAUAAAUGACAUUACAUCUACUUUGUUUACUUUGAUGUAGAGCAAAUAAAUGACAUUACAUCUA